GGAAGAACGAGAGCAAAAAAAGUUGAGAGAAAAGGAGAAAAAGAAGGACAAAAAACGGUAAUGUUAAAUAUAAAGAAUUUAUGCCUGUUUCAGAAACAUUUCACUUAUUAUUCACAUUUACAGUCAACUCAAGAAACAAAAAGAAGAAGAGCGUAUGGCGAAAGAGGCCCAACGGCUUGCUGAAGAAGAGAAAGCUCGAAUCGAAAAGGAGCGAAAGCUCGAAGAGGAGCGUCACAAACGAGAGCAGGAGCGAUUAAAGAAAGAGGAAGAACGGCGACAAAGAGAAGAAGAACGUUUGCGAAAAGAAGAAGAAAAACGUCGACGAAUGAAAGAAGAAAAGGAUCGAUUAAUGGAAAAAGAACGAAAACGAAAAGAGAAGGAGGAAAAAGAACGAAAAGAGAGAGAGGAGAAGGAACGCAAGGAGGCGGAGGUGCUUAUGCGAAAGGAAGUUGAACAGAAGGAACGGUUGAAGGACCUGAUGAAGGAACGUCAAGAGCAGAAUCGAAAGGACUCCUCAACGAUACCGUCCUCAAUACCACCAUCCCUGUCUAACUUUAUUCCUACUGCAUCCCAAUCCACGCCUAGCAACCACUCGUCCAUGCCCUAUGUGAUUAAGAGUGGAUCGACUCUCAGAUCGCCAAAAGCUUUAUAUUCUGAUGUGGAUGAAAGCUCACCCUCCCUCGAUACCACCCUCUCUUUAACGCCGCUGGCGAUAUCCAAUGCACCACAGCCCUUAUCUUUCCAUCAUCCCCUUCCCAGCUCUCCACUCUCACCAGUGCGCAGCCCCUCUUUCCGAAAUCAUCUUCCAACCUCUAGUUUACCAGUGAACACAGUGUUUCAAGACCAAGAGAUGGAGAAGUCAUCGACUGGUGUUAAUUCGCUUGCCAAUCACAGUAUGGGAGUGUUGCCAGUAGGAUACCCUAAACGAAUGUCUUCACAGUUAGAGACGGCUCCUGUCAAGCCUAUAACUCGAUCCAGCAUCGCUCCUAUUGGCAAACCACCUGGCUAUAGAAGGAAAUCUGCUUCAAUGGGAGUCGUAGGCGGACCGACCAUUGGCGCUGAGCGACGAGCACAACCACCUUUUGAAACCAUGGUCGAACCACCCUUUACGGAGGCUUUGCAGGUUGAUUCUUCAACGCAGGACGCUGUAAAUGAAUCACAUUCGUCACCGUCGUUCUUCUCUUUAUUUGGUGACUCUAAAGGUUCGGAUGCGGCAUCAUCACUCUUGAAUGGAGUGGCAGACUCACCGCGACAGAGAUCAGUGCCUCAGCGACCGUGGCUAAUGCAUUCACCGCAGCGAUCGCAGUCCAUUUCUGGUGAAGGUGGCAACAGUGCGUGGCCAAACAUUUCAGGAUGGGGUACGCCGUCCAACUUGAUAGAUGAGACUGUGCAAAGCAAGCUCUUUGGUGAUGUAAUGCCUGAUCGCCUACAGCUAAUAGUCGAGCGAGCCAAAGCAGCGUACUUGAAAUUGGAAGAAUUAUAUACACCCACUGGACAUUUCCCGUUAAACCACUGGCCUGUGGGUAUGACGUUUCAUCCCUUGUUUCAAUUACAUCGAAUGUACAGCGAUCUGUUUCCGGACAUAGUGGUUGACCAGCAAGAACUUCUGGAAGCAUGUUUAAUGACCAAUAGCGGGUUUAACUGCAUUAAUCAUCCACACCAGGGUUAUCUGUUGCGGUAUGAGAUGGGAGACUAUAAUCGGAGAGCAAGCUUGGGCGUCAAUGGAUUCUUGCCAUCAGGGCCACUUUCACCUUCCAUCAGUGGCAGCACCGACAUCAACUUUCAUCAGUUCGCCAGUCAUGCUUCUCCCACCGGUGCUCAGCAUCAUCCACCAAUACCACAACCAUCCCAUUUCCUACCGUCCCAACAACCACCACAACCACAGCAACAAUUAGGUCAAGGGAAUGCUGCACUGUUCGGUGGUCUUUCGUUAUAAUUCGGGGGUUUCUAAAUAGUAACCGUUAAAAAAAAAAUUCAUACCACACUGUGAUCCAAAAACUUGUGCCAAUUUUCUUUUAUUCUCGCUCGUUCAAACUUGUUCUUCCCCCUCGUUUACCUUUACUGCCUAUAUAACUUGUAUUCCAUGCAUUGUUCUUUUUUUCCGUUGAUAUUAUUCUUUGCUUAUAACAAUUUAGUGGUUGCCCUAAAGACGGUGUU